AUGGCCUCUCCAAUCCCCCGGGGCCUGCGCCAGGUCCUCCAGAAAUCUCCCUCGGACAUUGUCAUUCUCUCUUCCCUCCGUACCCCGGUCACCCGUGCGAAGAAGGGCGGCUUCAAGGACGCCUAUCCCGAAGAGCUGCUCGCUCACGUCCUCCGGGCUACUUUGGAGGCGAACCCGAACCUCGACCCUGCUCUCAUUGACGAUGUCGCCAUCGGUUCCGUUCUCCAGGAACUCGGCGGUGCGAAGGCUGGCCGUAUGGCUCAAAUCCACGCCGGCUUCCCCCACAGCGUGCCUUUCCACACGAUCAACAGACAGUGCUCCUCCGGUCUGGCUGCUAUCUCCACUAUCGGAAACGGAAUCCGCUCCGGAGCGAUUAACGUCGGUAUCGGUGGUGGAAUGGAGUCCAUGACCAGAAACUAUGGCUCCCGCGCCAUCCCCACGGUUCUCUGGCCCGAGCUGAAGGAGUCUCACUCCCAGGACGCCCGUGACUGCAUUAUGCCCAUGGGUAUCACCUCCGAGAACGUUGCUUCGCGCUACGGCAUCUCCCGUGCCGACCAGGACGCGUUCGCUGCCGAGUCCCACAAGAAGGCUACUGCCGCCCAGAACGCCGGUCUGUUCGACAAGGAAAUCAUCCCCGUCAAGACCCUCUCCUAUGACCCCGAGAACCCCGAUGCUCCUCCCAAGGAGAUUACCGUGACCAAGGACGACGGUGUCCGCCCCAACAUCUCGGUUGAGAAGAUGGCUAGCCUGAAGCCCGCUUUCUCUCCCACCGGUGCUAGUACCGCUGGAAACAGCUCCCAGGUCAGCGACGGUGCGGCUGCCGCUCUGCUCAUGCGCCGCUCUACUGCUACCGAGCUCGGCCUGACCUCUCAGAUCCAGGGCCGCUGGGUUGGCACUGCCGUUGCGGGCUGUGCUCCCGACGAGAUGGGUGUCGGCCCUGCCGUUGCUAUCCCCAAGCUCCUUCAGCAGCUUGACAUGACCGUCUCAGAUGUUAACGUCUGGGAAAUCAACGAGGCUUUCGCCUCCCAGGCCCUGUACUCUAUCCGCAAGCUGGGUAUUGACGAGGCCAAGGUGAACCCUAAGGGUGGUGCCAUCGCUAUCGGUCACCCUCUUGGUGCCACCGGUGCCAGACAGCUUGCCACUCUGCUGCCUGAGUUGGAGCGUACCGGCCAGGAAGUCGGUGUUGUGAGCAUGUGCAUUGGCACUGGUAUGGGCAUGGCUGGCAUGUUCGUCCGGGAGUAA